CCGAUAUAUAUUGGCCAACCAAAUCACUCCCUGACCGAGCCACCCAACCACACAGCCGCUCUUCUCGGCAGGAGUGGAGGCCCUCGCCUAGCCCCGGGGGACUUCCAUUUCCUCUCUCUCUCUCUCGUGCGAGCGCGUACCUAGGCCAGGAUGGAGCGCGCACGCCGCCUCGCCAACCGCGCGCUGCUGCGCCGCCUCCUCGCGGCGGCCGCGUCCACCACGUCCCCGGCCCCGUCCCGCGGCAUCUCGUCCCUGGCCAAGGCGCCCGGGGCGGGGGCGCGCCCGCGCGGGUCCCGUCCGGCGCCCCAUCUGUACACCACGGGGCGGCCCGUGUCGGCGUCGGCGCUGCAGCCGAGCGACACGUUCCCGCGGAGGCACAACUCGGCCACGCCGGCGGAGCAGGCGGCGAUGGCGUCGGAGUGCGGGUUCAACACCCUCGACGCGCUCAUCGACGCCACCGUCCCGGCCGCCAUCCGCGCGCCGCAGAUGCACUUCUCCGGCAAGUUCGACGCCGGGUUUACCGAGUCCCAGAUGAUCGACCACAUGCAGCGCCUGGCGGCCAUGAACAAGGCCUACAAGUCCUUCAUCGGGAUGGGGUACUACAACACCCACGUCCCGGGGGUGAUUCUGCGCAACCUCAUGGAGAACCCCGCGUGGUACACGCAGUACACGCCGUACCAGGCGGAGAUCGCGCAGGGCCGUCUCGAGUCGCUGCUCAACUACCAGACCAUGGUCGCCGACCUCACCGGCCUGCCCAUGUCCAACGCCUCGCUGCUUGAUGAGGCCACCGCCGCCGCCGAGGCCAUGGCCAUGUGCAACGGCAUCCUGAAAUCCAAGAAGAAGACUUUCCUCAUCGCCUCCAACUGCCACCCCCAGACCAUCGACGUCUGCCAGACGCGCGCUGCUGGGUUCGACCUCAACGUCGUCGUCGCGGACGCCAAGGACUUCGACUACAGCAGCGGUGAUGUCUGCGGAGUGCUCAUCCAGUACCCCGGCACGGAGGGGGAGGUGCUGGACUAUGCGGAGUUCGUCAAGGACGCGCACGCGCACGGCGUCAAGGUGGUCAUGGCCACCGACCUGCUCGCGCUCACCUCGCUGCGCCCGCCCGGUGAGAUCGGUGCCGACAUCGCCGUCGGCUCUGCGCAGCGGUUCGGCGUGCCCAUGGGAUACGGAGGCCCGCACGCCGCUUUCCUCGCCACCUCGCAGGAGUACAAGCGUCUCAUGCCCGGCCGUAUCAUCGGGGUGAGCGUCGAUUCCAGCGGCAAGCCGGCGCUCCGCAUGGCGAUGCAGACUCGGGAGCAGCACAUCCGCCGCGACAAGGCCACCAGCAACAUCUGCACUGCCCAGGCCUUGCUCGCCAACAUGGCAGCGAUGUAUGCUGUCUACCAUGGUCCCGAGGGGCUGAAGGCAAUUGCUGACCGUGUACAUGGCCUGGCUGGUACGCUUGCCCAUGGAUUGAAGAAGCUCGGAACAGUGACGGUGCAGGAGCUGCCGUUCUUUGACACUGUCAAGGUCAAGGUCGCUGACGCGAAUGCGAUUGCCCAGGAGGCCUGCAAGAACGAGAUGAACCUUCGUGUUGUUGAUGCAUACACGAUAACAGUGGCCUUUGAUGAGACCACCACCUUGGAGGAUGUCGACAAGCUGUUCAAGGUGUUCAAUGGUGGCAAGCCAGUGAACUUCACUGCUGAAUCCCUCGCACCAGAGGUCUCAAGCUCAAUUCCGACUAGCCUUGUGCGCAAGAGCCCCUACUUAACACACCCGAUCUUUAACAUGUACCAUACAGAGCACGAGCUUCUCCGUUACCUUUACAAGUUGCAAUCAAAGGAUCUCUCUCUGUGCCACAGUAUGAUCCCUCUUGGUUCUUGCACUAUGAAACUGAAUGCUACAGUUGAGAUGAUGCCUGUAACCUACCCCAACUUCGCGAACAUGCACCCAUUUGCACCUACCGACCAAGCCGCAGGCUAUCAUGAAAUGUUUGAUGACUUGGGCGAUCUGCUGUGCAAGAUCACCGGCUUUGAUUCUUUCUCUUUGCAACCAAAUGCUGGUGCUUCAGGGGAGUAUGCCGGACUGAUGGUUAUCCGUGCUUACCACAGGGCAAGAGGAGACUACCACCGGGACGUCUGCAUCAUUCCUGUCUCAGCGCACGGUACAAAUCCUGCAAGUGCUGCUAUGUGUGGAAUGAAGAUUGUUGCUGUUGGAACUGAUUCCAAAGGUAACAUUAACAUUGAGGAGUUGAGGAAAGCUGCCGAAGCAAACAAGGACAACUUGGCUGCUCUUAUGGUUACCUAUCCUUCGACCCAUGGAGUCUAUGAAGAAGGCAUUGAUGAGAUAUGCAGGAUAAUUCAUGAGAAUGGCGGGCAGGUCUAUAUGGAUGGGGCUAACAUGAAUGCUCAGGUUGGAUUGACAAGCCCAGGCUUUAUUGGAGCAGAUGUUUGCCACCUUAACCUUCACAAGACCUUUUGCAUUCCACAUGGUGGAGGUGGUCCUGGCAUGGGUCCUAUUGGUGUUAAGCAGCACUUAGCACCGUUUUUACCAUCUCAUCCAGUGAUUCCCACUGGUGGCUUCCCUCUCCCUGACAAAACCGACCCUCUCGGUACCAUUUCUGCUGCUCCAUGGGGAUCUGCAUUAAUUCUGCCAAUUUCCUACACAUACAUAGCCAUGAUGGGCUCUAAGGGACUCACUGAAGCCUCAAAGAUUGCAAUCUUGAAUGCAAACUACAUGGCAAAGCGCCUGGAGAAACACUACCCAGUUCUUUUCCGUGGAGUUAAUGGAACAGUUGCCCAUGAAUUCAUCAUUGAUUUAAGAGGAUUUAAGACGACUGCUGGUAUAGAACCAGAGGAUGUCGCAAAGCGUUUGAUGGACUAUGGAUUCCAUGCACCAACCAUGUCAUGGCCUGUUCCAGGCACACUUAUGAUUGAACCCACUGAAAGUGAAAGCAAGGCCGAACUAGACAGGUUCUGCGAUGCUUUAAUCUCAAUUAGGGAAGAAAUUGCAGAGAUAGAAAAUGGCAAAGCAGAUGUGAACAACAAUGUCCUGAAGAGUGCUCCUCACCCGCCCCAACUUCUGAUGGGCGACACAUGGACUAAGCCGUACUCCAGGGAGUAUGCUGCGUUCCCUGCAGCGUGGCUUCGGGGUGCCAAGUUCUGGCCAACAACAUGUCGCGUGGACAAUGUGUACGGGGAUCGCAACCUCAUCUGCACUCUCCAACAGGGAUCUCAAGUAGAAGAAGCCGCAGCUGCUACCGCGUGAUGAUCUUCCAAUAAUCAUGGCCUGGCCCCAGUUUGUAAAACAGCAUCAAGAAGUUAUAAUGCUUCCUGUAGGAGGGAAGCAUGGUCCCUUGUCAUUCAGCUUCUGAACUUGUAUAUAGCUUUGUGACAGCUCCUGACUAUCCUCAGCUGCCACCUUCUCCUGUAAUUCUGUACUCCAUUGCUUUCCCAUUCCCAUUUAAAGGUGAAAAAAAUUAGCAUUAUUGACUAGCAUUUUUACUCUUCUUGAUACAGGAAAGAAAAUUAAGAUC